AAUAAAUCAUAUGUAUAAAUAAAUCCAAACCCUCAGAAAUAUUCUCAACAGCAAGAAAUCAAAGAUGAAGUUUUGUAGUUACAUGAGGGCAGUGACAUUGGUGAUGAUGAUGGUAGGUUUGGUGGGACAAGUUGAAAGCAGUUCAUGCACAAGCACGUUCUUCUCUUCUCUUGUGCAGCUGAUUCCUUGUAGGGCAGCAGUUGCUCCUUUUAGCUCCAUUCCACCAAGUGAUGCAUGUUGCAAUGCCCUUAGGGCACUAGGCCAGCCUUGUUUGUGUGUCCUUGUCAAUGGCCCUCCAAUUUCUGGGGUAGACCGUAACAUGGCCUCACAGCUCCCAAACAAGUGCACCACAAACUUUCAACCAUGUGAAAGCAUGUGAUAAAAUCAAGUUCAAUGUUAGAAUGAAAUGUUAUUAGAAAUAAGGGUUUUAUUUUUACAAGAAAUUUAU